AUAAAUUUACACGCGAGGACGCCUAGAUACUUGGGCUUGUAUUCUUAGGAGAAGGCAGAGUGUUCCGUAUAAAAAUGUCCGGGCUUAGAAAGCAGAAAGAAUAUGACUGGAAGGACUCUAACUUGGCUCUAUUUGGAAGUGACACCGAGAAAAAUGUAAAAAAAGAAUCAGCCCAGACUGAAACCGCUUGGAUUGGCGCUGGGGAGAAGCCGGGAAUGAAGAUAUGGCGAAUUGUUAAGUUUAAGGUUACUAAAUGGCCUGAAGAAAAUUAUGGAAGCUUUUACAAUGGAGAUUCAUACAUAAUUCUGCGGACGAAGAAAGAAAAUGAGGAACUUGUUCAUGAUGUGCAUUUCUGGAUCGGCAAAAAAUCUACAGCGGAUGAGUAUGGUACAGCUGCCUACAAGACUGUGGAGCUGGACACCUUUCUUGAUGACAAGCCAGUUCAGCACAGGGAAGUUGAAGGCCACGAGUCAGACUUAUUCAAGAGCUAUUUCUCUGAGAUGACUCUUUUAGAUGGAGGAGCUGAGAGUGGCUUUAAACAUGUUGGACCUAAGGAAUACACCCCCAGGCUUUUCCUUGUUCGUGGUAACAAGAAAAAUGUGACCUUAACGAAUAUAGAGCUUGUGAAGGGUAACCUGACGAAUGAUGACUGCUUCAUUAUCGAUCUUGGACUUGAACUUUUUCAGUGGAAUGGUAUUGAUGCCAACAAGGAGGAGAAGUGGAAGGCUGGGGAGAUAUGCAGGGAUUGGAGGUCUAAACGUGGAGGAAAGCCAAGACACAUCGUUUUAGAUGAUUGCACAGUUGAGAAAAUAGAAGAGCUAGAAGAGCUAGAAGGAAUCCUUCCUGAUGGAGAAAACUCAUUCAAGAAACAGGCUGGAUCCGAGCCGUCAGAGAAAGUUCUUUUCAGCCUUUCUGACAGAACAGGGCAACUACAGUGUAAUGAGAUUGCACGUGGCAAGGAAGUUAAGAGGAGUCUGCUGAAAGAAGAUGAUGUGUAUAUCUUUGACUCUGGUCGCCACUGUUAUGUAUAUGUUGGAAAGGCAGCAAGCAUUGAUGAAAGGAGGAAUGCCAUGACCUAUGCACAUAAUUACUUGAUGAGAACCGAACACCCGUUACUGCCAGUCACCGUGAUCAAUGGUGGACAAAAGUCUGUGGAUUUUGAAAAUGCUUUCUAGCCAUCUGCCAGUAUGGAGGGGACAAUUGCUGUGAAAUCAUGACAGAUCGAGUUGUGGCUAUAGCUAACACUUUUAUUUGUAGCCAUGGUAGAAACUUACCUAGGGAUAUUGUUAUUUCAUAUCAAUGAGGAUCAAUUUAAAUAAAAUCAUUUUUCCCGA